AUGGACCCGUCCUCGGCGCCGCCUUCCGACAUGACCACACGAAGGGCUGCCUGCCUCCAGGGCGCGGAGCACGAUGGGCGCAGGAAGCGCGUCACUGAGGGAGGGGAGGAGCCUCAGGCUAAGAGGAAGUCCCUCCUGGAUCGAGAAGACAAUGGCCUGAAUGCCGUUUCACGAUCGGCCAGCUCAACUGGGCGGCAGCCAAGUGCUAGGAAAUUCAGGAUUGUCAGACGCAAAGCUGUGGGUGACUACUUCAAGGAGCAAGGCAUUGACAUCCAAGUCAUCAAGGUUCACCUCAAAGGCAUCGGAUUGUGCCGCACAGAGAGACUAGGUGGCCAGAAGCGCAUACGCUUGAGAACAAGCAGGACACACAAAGGAGUGGAAAGGAAUGUUAGUUACGUGACGCUCCUUGCCAAUGUGCUCCUCAAUGAUCUUGCGGAUGAAGAUGACUGUUGGGAUGACUUUGCCCACAGUUUGCUGCGCGUGGACAAAGACAAGGCGUCCUGGGGUGCUUGGUUGAGAGAACUCUGGAUAGCCAUUGGGUAUUCAUGA